AUGGCUGAGCUGGGCAGAGUGAGGUUGUCUGACCCCGAUGGUCUGCUACCCACGGGCUUCUGGGUCGCCGUGGCCGUGUGGCUGGAGAGGCCACAGGUGGCCAACAAGCGGCUGUGCGGCGCCCGCACCGAGGCCCGCAGGAGCGCUUCCCUGCCCCGCGCCCAGACAGAGAAAGGACCGCGGCGGGGACAGGAACCCGGGCUGGAGGAGCUUGACGCGGGCGAACCCGGACAAGCUUCUCCCGAGGGAGAGCCAGGCUUAGGACCUAGGGGCCUCGAAGGUUACGUCUCCGCGGCUGACCUGGACUCUCUGUGGCACCGAGUCUCCCAAAGCCUUGUCCACGACAAUCCGGAAAUGUUGGCCUUCAUCUCUGGGCCCGCGAUGGGUUCUCAGCCUGAAGCCCCUCAGAAGCUCGACCUGGUUCUCAGAACCGUCAUCCCGAAAGCGAGCCCUCGCUGCCCGCUUACAGCACCGAAGAAAGAACUGGUGAUGCAAGAUGUCACCAAUGGGAGUGUCACCUUUUUACCCUUGGAAGAAGAUGAUGAGGGGAAUUUGGAGGUUAAAAUGAGCAAUGUGUAUCAGCUCCGGCUCCAUCACAGUGAAGGAGAAUGGUUCAUAUCUGUUUUAAUUUUCUGUCCAGAGAGGUGGUAUUCAGAUGGCGUUGUCUAUCCCAAACCUGCCUGGCUUAGAGAAGAACUGCUGUCCAAGCUGGCCAGGUGGGCCGUGGAGAACAGGAAGAGUGAAUUUAAAAGCACCCUUUCCCUGGUGUCUGUCCUGCGCUACAGCAGGCUGUACCAGGAGCUCAAAGAGAAGUACAGAGACAUGGUAAAGGUUUGGCCUGAAGUAACAGAUCCUGAAAAGUUUGUCUAUGAAGACGUGGCCAUCGCUACAUACCUGCUGAUUCUAUGGGAAGACGAGAGAACCGAGAGGGGAGUCACCACCAAGCAGUCCUUCGUGGACUUAGGGUGUGGAAAUGGCCUCCUGGUUCACAUCUUGAGCAGUGAGGGGCAUCCAGGCAGAGGGAUUGAUGUCCGAAGAAGGAAGAUCUGGGACAUGUAUGGACCCCAAACUCAGCUGGAGGAAGGUUCCAUCAUCCCGAGUGACAAGACCCUGUUCCCUGGUGUUGAUUGGCUGAUUGGUAACCAUUCUGAUGAGCUCACUCCCUGGAUCCCUGUCAUUGCAGCCAGGUCUUCCUACACCUGCCGUUUCUUCGUCCUGCCCUGCUGUUUCUUUGACUUUGUGGGGCGAUACCACCGGCGGCAGAGCAGGAAGACACAGUACCGUGAGUACCUGGACUUCGUGCUGGAGGUGGGACUUUCCUGUGGCUUCCACAUGCAGGAAGACUGCCUCAGGAUUCCUUCUACCAAGCGGGUCUGCCUCAUUGGAAAAUCCAGAACAUACCUGCCUUCUUCAGAGCUCUGGAUGGAUGAGCAGAGGACUCGGUACCUCCACAGCAGACAGGGUCACUCCCAGUGCCCGUCUCGUGAAGGACAUACGCCUUCUGCACCCCAGGCAGCUGCCCACGAUGCUGGUCCCCAAGACAGCCACAGGACCUGCGAUGCUGGGGCCGAGUGCAUGCCUGACGCCUUGGCUGCCGAGGGAGGAGUAGCCCCAGCCACAGGGCUCUGGAUGCCUGGGUUCUGCCCCAGAGAAAAGGCCGAGCGUGUGAGGAAUUGCGCUGCCCUCCCUCGAGACUUUAUUGACCAAGUGGUUUUACAAGUGGCAAAUUUGUUGUUAGAUGGAAAGAACUUAACCACGGGGAGCUCUGAGGACGGGAGUCUGAAGACCUGGAAUGAAGGAGGGAGCCUUUCCCUGGCAGAAGUGGCUGCAGAACUGAGCCCAGAGACCCUGCAGCAGCUGAAGCGGGAGUGUGGAGGCCUACAGACCCUGCUCAGGAAUAACCAUCAGGUGUUUGAAGUUCUGAAUGGGCAAGUUCACAUCCGUGACUGGCGGCGAGAGCUGCAGAGGGAGAAGCCUCCAGAAGCCAAGCGGAGUCUGCCUGCGGAGGUGUUCAAGACGCGCAUCUGCUGGUUCUUCACUCACCAUCCUGAUGGCUGCGUGCUGCCUGCCGCCCUUUGCCCCUUUGCCCAUGGGCCUGAAGAGCUGCGCCCGUCCCAAACCUCAAAGAAGCAGAAGCAGGCUCCCUGAGUCACUUCCUCAGUGGUCUCCAGCUGGUGGCUCUGUGGGUCUCCUACCUGUCUCCCCUGUCCUGAUGACACCCUGUUGGGGUGAAUUGACUUCGGUGUGCAUAGCCACUGUCAGUCACUGGCACACAUCUCCAGGCUGCAGAGCCUGCUCAGCCCUUCUCAGACUGCUCAGAUGCCAGAGCCAUCGUGUCAGCUUCUGCAUACACGACCUUCUCAUUCUCAGGACUGUGUGCCCAGGUUUCCUCUGCCUGGGAGCUUGCUGCAGGGUGGUCACAGGCUCCUACAAGCAGAGGCACAAGACUUUUCUGUGAGGCCAUUCUCAGAGUCCUAGAGAACAGUUUCACACCCUGCCACCCUUGUUCCAAGGCAUAAUUCAAAUGAACACUGCCUCAUCCUUACCCUUCUCUUUGGCACCCUAUCCCCAGAAAUGUUUUAUAGUUUUUCCUUUCAGAAAAAAAUUAUUUCCAUCUAAAUUUAUCUUUGGUCUUACACAAAAAGUGGUACUCACUGCAUCUCUGCUGAGUGUCCUGGGGACCAACCUCUGAAACUUGAUACAGAAGUGUCCCGAUGUCAUCUGAGCCAAGUGAAUGAAGUUGUUUAUUCUCAGAGCUGAGGGCCCUGCAGCAUCCUGGAGCAGGGCGGCCACCAUAGGGUCUUGGCUGAUGAGAGCCCACAGAGUUUGCUCCCACCUUUCUUUGCCAGUUUGGCAAUCACAACUCCAGAGCAGUGGUAGUGAUCUGCACCCAGGCAAUGUCACCACCUCUGUCUUGGAUGGGCUAGGCUGUGUGUCUUCAGUGACCAGGAUUUGCUCAGAGUUGGGGGGAGGGGGUAGCCUCUGUUCUCAUUGGCCCUGCCUAUAAUUGCCUUUUCUCUCAGGUCCAUAGGGGCCCAGAAUCUGCAGGGCCCUCUCCCACCUGACCCUGCAGGUACCUGAAGAUCUAACCUUGGUCCUCUAGUAUGUAGUGGCCAGGCUUCCAUGGGCAGGGAGCUUGGCCUCCCUGAGAUUUUCCUGGGCUCCAUGUUAAGGCAGCAAGACUGAGAUGUGGGACAGCAUCUUACGUUUCCACUUUUUCUAGUUCUCAAAAUCCCAUGGUGAAGCCUGGCUUCUGGGAGAAGACUGCAGAAGCUCAUUGAGAAUGAGCUGUGGGCUCACUCCCAUGACUGUUUAGUGAGGACAUUCUUCCUGCAUGGGAAGAACGUGAGCAGGGUUAGGGACGUGUGCACGGAGGAGGAGGACUGUGCCUGUCUCUGGAUAGCCCUGCUGCAUUGGGCUUUCUGUUAAACCCAUAUUCUACCAGGUCAGUGAUAGGAUCAGAGGCGCAAGUGAGCUCAGAAAUGAAGAAAUGCCCAAAGUCAGGAUGCAGCGAUGGCUGGUGAGCAUGCAUCCCAGGCUAACGCCGUGCAAGCACUUGUGUGCAUAAACACAGGGUUUGUCUGGAGUGUGGCCGACUUGCGUCCAUUAAAGACAUUUAGCUUCUGAGUCUUCAAAGUGGUCAAAGAUGAGAGCUGAGCGUUGGAGGGGAGGGCUGCUGUGUUUGAGAGCACAGUAAGGACCUGGGGCUUAGGACAAUAGAGACAGGCACAGCUUUGGUGGGCCUUCGUGCUCAGGUCCCUCCUGGCUGCAGCCAAGUGAUGGCCUAGGACUGAGGUCUCAGCAGAGGCUAGACUGGGAAAGAAUCUGUGCCACAUAACACAAGUGGUUGCCUGUCGCUGGUGAGAGGUCCUGCCCACAUUCAGAACAGGCUGGUCAAACUCAUGAGCACGAGUGGAUAAGGAUCAUGGCCCUGUGUGCCAACUACACCCCAUGUCCAGACUGUUCCACACUCUCCCCAGCACCUGAGGAUCUGUCUGUGGUGACCAAGUAUCAAACACAAACCUUGGGGGACAGUGCACUGUCACACACAACAGUCUCCUUUCCUUUGGACUCCAUCUCACACUGAGAUGACUUCAGAGCAGACUUCAAGCAGAAAGGUUCCCCAGGACAUUCUAACUGUUCCCAUGAGCUAGCCUCCUGAGCCGGGGCUGUUCCCCACCCCAGGCAGAAGCAAGACUUGUGCUCAGAGCAUACACUGUGACCAGGACCCCACACUACUCGGUGCCCACUGACCCAGCUUGCAUUUGAUCCUGGGCUCUGCCAGGGCACAGGGUCCUCAUGUGACCUGGCCAGUCCCUUCUACUCCCUCAAGUAGGGGCAGGGACGCAGCAGUUUUG